GAAAAUGCGAAAAAAUAAAUUAUUUGAAAGUGGAAGAGAUCGUGACCUGCAUGAGUGAAGAUACUCACAUAAACCCACCAACGAUGGACGCGACGGCGGCGGAACCGUCACCACCGCCCCCGCAACCCGUUUCGCCAGGGAAUAACGUCGUAACGUCCCCACAAAACCCUAUCCUCAUCGAUCUCCAAAACUCCUCCGAAGACCAAGACUCUCUUCCCAACCAAACGACGCCAGAGCUUGCCGUUCCGGACUCCCCCGACUCCUCCUCCGAACAACCAAACCCUAUUCCUACCCGACCCGAACCGGUUCCUCCUCAGCGAAAACGACGCCGUCGAAAGAAAUUCUUCACGGAACUCACCACUGCAGCAUCGCUGGCGAAGAACCGCCGCAACGACGUGACCAAAGACUGCGACGUGGAAGCCCUAAUCGCGAUCUCAGUAGGGUUCCCCGUUGAUUCGUUAACAGAGGAAGAAAUCGAAGCCAACGUGGUUUCCACCAUCGGAGGCUCCGAACAGUCGAACUACAUCGUUGUCCGAAACCACAUUCUCGCUCGGUGGCGAUCAAAUGUUUCGGUUUGGUUAACCUGUGACCGGGCCCUCCGGUCAAUCCGAUCCGAACACAAGGGUUUGGUGGAAUCUGCUUACCGGUUCUUGUUGGAACACGGUUACAUAAACUUUGGUGUUGCCCAUGAGAUAAAAGCUUCGAAGUUGAAAUCUUUUGAUGGGUUAGAGAGAGGAACAGUGAUUGUUGUGGGUGCUGGACUCGCGGGUUUGGUUGCUGCAAGGCAAUUGGUGUUUAUGGGGUUCAAAGUUGUGAUUUUGGAGGGUAGGACCCGACCCGGUGGAAGGGUUAAGACCAAGAAGAUGGCGGGUGAUGAUGGGAUUGAGGCUGCAGCGGACUUUGGUGGGAGUGUUCUCACUGGAAUAAAUGGGAACCCUCUUGGUGUUCUUGCUAGGCAAUUGGGUUUGCCACUUCAUAAGGUUAGGGAUAUUUGUCCUCUUUAUAUGCCUGAUGGGAAAUCUGUUGAUUCUGAGGUUGAUUCUAGGGUUGAGGUUUCGUUUAACAAGUUGUUGGAGAGGGUUUGUAAGCUUAGGCAGGCUAUGAUUGAGGAGGUUAAGUCUGUGGACGUGCCACUGGGGACAGCGUUGGAGGCUUUCCGACGCGUUUAUAAGGUUGCUGAGGAUAAGGAGGAGAGGAUGUUGUUGAAUUGGCAUCUUGCAAAUUUGGAGUAUGCCAAUGCUACACUGAUGUCUAAUUUGUCAAUGGCAUAUUGGGAUCAGGAUGAUCCUUAUGAGAUGGGGGGUGAUCAUUGUUUCAUUCCUGGGGGGAAUGAGAUUUUUGUUCGCGCUUUGGCUGAGGACCUUCCAAUUUUCUAUGGGAGGACUGUGGAGUGCAUUAAGUAUGGGUCUGAUGGGGUGAUUGUUUGUGCUGGCGGGCAGGAUUUUCGGGGGGAUAUGGUGCUUUGUACUGUGCCGUUGGGCGUGCUUAAGAAGGGGUCUAUUGAGUUUGUCCCUGAGCUUCCUCAGAGGAAGAGGGAUGCAAUUCAUAGGUUGGGGUUUGGGUUGCUGAAUAAGGUUGCAAUGCUGUUCCCAUAUAAUUUCUGGGGUGGGAAUAUUGAUACGUUUGGUCAUUUGACUGAGGAUUUGAGUAUGAGGGGUGAGUUUUUUCUGUUCUAUAGCUACUCCUCUGUGUCUGGAGGCCCACUUCUCGUUGCACUUGUUGCUGGGGAGGCUGCGAUUAGGUUUGAGAUGAUGUCGCCGGUGGAGUCCGUCAGAAGGGUGUUGGACAUUCUGAAGGAUAUUUUUAAUCCUAAGGGAAUUGUCGUUCCGGAUCCGGUUCAGGCAGUGUGUACACGGUGGGGAAAGGAUCACUUUGCGUAUGGAUCUUACUCUUAUGUCGCUGUUGGGUCUUCUGGAGACGAUUAUGAUAUUCUUGCAGAGAGUGUUGGAGAGGGGAGAGUGUUCUUUGCUGGAGAGGCGACUAGCAAACAGUAUCCUGCAACAAUGCAUGGAGCAUUUCUCAGUGGAAUGAGAGAGGCUGCAAACAUUUUGAGAGUGGCAAAGAGGAGAUAUUCAACACUCGUUGACGCGUCAAGAAAUAUCAACCCGGAGAAUGAUGAUUUGACCAAAUUAUUUGUGAAACCUGAUCUGACAUUUGGGAGCUUCUCUGCUUUGUUUGAUCCAAAACUGAAUGAUCUUGAUUCCAGUUCAUUACUAAGGGUUAAAAUUGGAGGAGCUGUCUUAGACGCUGGCAGUCUUUAUCUCUAUGCCUUGCUUUCAAAGAAGCAGAUCAUUGAGUUGAGUCAGGUGGAGGGAGACGAAAACAGGAUGAGAAUGUUAAACCAUAAUUUUGGGGUGAGUUUGGUUGGGAGGAAGGGUUUAAGUGGUGCCGUUGAAUCUCUUAUUGCCAACAUAAAACUGUAUAGACCCAACUUUAAUGAAGCGGAAAAUGGUCUUAUGCCCGGGAAUGGAAUUUCUUGUUAACUGUAUUCAGUUUAUAUUUUCUGUUAGAUCUAAUUAGAGUCUGACCAUUUACCCCUUGGUAGUCAUUUUUUCCAAACGACGUUCCAUAAUGAACAAAUUUAAUUGUCACUGCUGUAUUCUCUUAUACAUGAUUAUGAAUGUAGAAGUGUUUAGAUCUAAGUUGGUUACCACUAUUCUUCAAGAAAUAGUUGAAAUCGUCUAUUUCACAUACAAUAAUUAAGUAAAAGUUAUAAAUUUUCGAGAUAAUGUUUCCUACACCUCUCUUAAUAAGCAACAUAUUUACUACUCCAUAGACUCACUGGCAGAUGCUCCUCUAUUUGCAUCUGAAGUGCAGGUGGGUUUCACAAAAUUGGGUGACCUCAUCAAAGGUUGUCCUCUAGUGAGGAUGCUGCAGUAAUUGGAACAACAUAAACAGGUGAUGGCUUUACUAGUUGGGACAACACAGAAGCCUAUGGACUGAGAUGGGCACGUUGGGAUAGAGAGACUAUCACCUAGUUAUUGUCGUCGCUGGCAAGUUAUCAUCAACUAACAUGUCAAGCGUGCGCAUGACCUGAGGGGAAUAAAAACGAACGCAACACGAUAUCACUAAUCGGGAACCUCCAUAAAUAUUUUCUUCUGAAAGAAUUGAUGUGUCACCGGUCAGCCAUCAAUUUGGAUAUUUAAUUUAUAAAAAGAUGCGGUGCCACUCAUUUUAUUUCAUUUUGUUCCCAGACGUACACAUCAGUUAUUUUUCUUUUAGGGUAAACUACCCAAUAUUCCAAACAGAAAAGCGAACCAGCACGCACAUCUAAUAUGGUCGCACGUUAUUUCCUUAGUCACUACCCUUUUAAAUUUGUUUACAAAAACAUCUCUCAUAACACAAACAAGUACCAGGCUUUAUAAAGUACAACUUUUAAGCAGAUAAUGAAUAUACUCAUGGUAUUAAUAAAUCAAAAUUUCAUACAAAACGUUCACA